UCCACUUAACAGAAGAGAGCCCUGGCAAGAAUAAGAAAACCCAUUUUCUCACCACCACCUUCAGUUCGACUCUGCAAACGCUGCGAGUGACCCAAAAUGGCUUCUUCACCUCCCUUUCUGUUUCUGACUGCGGUCCUAGUGUUGUCCAUUACUCUGCAGCAUGCGGCUUCUGCAGAAGGAGAUCAUGAAGCUGAAGUUGGGAUGGCGGAGAGAAGCAAAGGCAACUAUGUUCACUUCAACCCCGCCAACCGACGCCUCCUCUUCCCGUCCUUGGAUUGCGGGGGGAAGUGCAACGCGAGGUGCAGCGCGCAUUCGAGGCCGAAUGUGUGCGUGAGGGCCUGCAACACAUGCUGCUACAGGUGCAACUGCGUUCCACCGGGCACUUCCGGCAACAGAGAGCUCUGCGGCCGAUGCUACACCGAUAUGAUCACCCAUGGCAACAAGCCCAAGUGCCCUUAACUUUACUCUGCCUCCUUCCAUCAUUCGCCUUUUCACCAUCUCUGUUGUAGGGUACCCUCAAGUCUCAAUAAAGCCUUGGAGCUGAGGGUUCUGGAGCUUUCUUUUAGGGUGUGUGGAGUGCUAUCUACUAGUAGCUAGCUGCAAACAAAUAGGUUGUGAGGUUUUGCUUCUCCUGAAUUGUUCACUCCCCUCCAGUCUGUGUUUAGAGUUGGGAGACAUGGGCUGAUUUCCUAUGGGUUUGUUUUCUGUGUUAAAUGGUGUGUGCAUGUACUUUGACCUUGUUCUGUUCAUAAUAAAACCAGAAUGUAUGUAUCUGUGGUUUCAGAAGAAGAGUCCAGGCGAUUCAAACUGUUGCAUAGAAAACCUCCAAUUGUUCACCCAUCCUUUCUGCUCUGCUCAUAUUGAUUACCAGGCGUCCAGGCAUGACCAUAGAAAGUUCCAGAUUUGAAAAUUGUUAGGCAUGGGUUCGGUCCCAAUAACCUUGCAAAUUAGCAUAAUAUAAGGGGUAGUGUGUUAAUUCUUCGGGUUGGUUUGUUUCAUGAUGAAUAUUUUACCCAAAUCCGAAAAAAUCUAUAAUUUGUUUCCAUUUCAAAUUCACGGGCCCACAAUUUUAAAGGUCUGAAUCGGUGAACUUCUCUUAUUUGUAAAUUCCACAUAUUGAUGCACGAUUUGUAACAUGCCAUAAAUUUAUGAAGGUAUC